UCGCUUUCAUAUUUGCGUUUUAUUAGAUAUAGGUGCAAGGUGUGAUUUCAAACAGAACAUGGUGCUUUGUUCAUUGGGACAAAUAUUAGUUUAACAAGUUUCCUCCGGUGGAAAUAGCAAUAUCUACCGGGGCAUUUGUUUGUUCAUGAUUGAAUUUCUUGAGUUCCGUUAUGUUGACAUGCAUAGUACAGAAUGCUUAAAUAGCGUAUGGUGCAGCGCAGUAUUUCACCGUGCUUCUUUGGAAACAAAGUGACCAUGGCUUUUAAACUGAUCUUCGUCUUCGCAGUUAUCGCGGUUUUUGCUGUUGAUGCCCUGAAACUGAGCAAGUGUGGCGGAUCUAAAGCAAGCUGGAUCAAACGUGUUGCUUUUGAAAAAGGGAAAGCCACGGUCCAAUAUGAAAUCAAACAGAUGAAUCAGUUCAAUCCGAACAAAUAUGUACUUACUUACGGCAAGAAUGGGAGAGUAACGAGCGAGGUUAAAGGAUGUAAAGGACUCAGUAAAUGGUUGAGUGGAAUUAAUUGCAAUCAAAAAGGGCAGCGCAAGCUCACAUUUAAAGGAAAUAAUCGCCUCCAAAAUGUAAGAUUCACGUUGAAGCUGUUUGGAAAGGGAGGCAUGCUUGUAUGCAUUAAAAACGCUUGACAAUAAAAAGUAUGUGACGAGAAAAGGAUGAGAAGUAUUCUUGAAACGAGAGGAAGACAAUAAAAUCGUGAAUGAAAAAGAAUUGUUUGUGUCGUUUUUAUCAGUCGUUAACAAAUCUCUUUCUUCCUACUGCCAUUAUUUCUUUGGUUGGCCCUUUAAUAGGGAGCUUUAGCAACGACGAAGCCUGGUCAAAAUGGAUUUAUAUUUUACCAGCAAAAUUAGCAAUUGUCAAGAUCUGUUCAGUACGCCAAUGGCUCUAAAAACGUGCUCAGGCUAAAUACGCAAUGACAACGUUUAAUUCCAAACGGAAAUACGAAAAAUUAGUCGUCGUCGUUCGCGUUCCUCAAACUACGUAGAACUUGGUCAUUUCACCCUUACCUUAUUUAAUACCAAACUCUGUGAUUUUUCCUACUCUAUUUAUGACAUACAUACAUAUACGCACACAUACACGCAUACAUACUAGUACAUAUAUAAACUUUAUUUUGCUUCAGGCUCAAAAGUAGCAAAACAUUCGAUACCUUUUUAAGACCUAAAUCCUAAAUCAGAGACCCCUGUUAAAGGCAUUGUUAAGGGCUCUCGUUGAUGUCAGUAUCGAUGACGAUGAUGAAAAAGUAGCUUAUUUAAAAAAAAAACAUACCCAAUUCAAGACUAGGGUGCAAAACCACACACUAUUUAAUACCAAAAUGGCCAAAAUUGAUGCCUUUUUCUGACCAAAACGACUAAAUUUUCCAUACCCUUUGGGGCCGCACAUACCUUUAUCGCCCAUAUAAGGGAUUACCCCCCCUCCCCCCGGGAGAGGUUAGAAGGUAAGAAAAAGCCAAAACAAUCAAAUGCAGGCUAGUAAAGCGCGAGAGAACCUGAAUUUCUGUUAGCAAACACCAUGCAAGACUUCAAGGCAUCAUCCCCGCCAAACUACUUUAGAAACAAAAAUGUGAAAAGAGAAAUUUCUUUAACCAACCUUAUUGAAAACCCGCUCGACUGUCAUAAUUUGUUGUCAUUAAAAAUCCACAGGCAUGGGGAUUAAUUACGCGAUUUUCGUCCAAAAGGAGCUGUGACCCCCGUGUUCUUAUAUUCAAACGAUACAUCCGUCAUCAAAUACGAAUUACAUGAAGAGUUAGGAAACCCCUGAAACAAAUACGCAGCAUUUGAAAGAGUGGUUAUUCUUCCCAUUGACGUUAAACUGAACAUUUAAUGAUUUAUUGUAAGCACCAUUGAGCGAUACACAGGUUUUGAAGCCAUUUGACUGCUCAGAAACUGCUGGUAUCUCCGCACGCUGGGAAAGAUGGCUGCGAGCUUUUGAGUUGCUUGCAACGGGAAAAGAUGUCAAAAAUGUCGACCAGAAGAAGGCGCUACUGCUGCAUACAGCUGGAUUAGAUGUUCAAGACAUGUAUUUUACGUUAGAAGAGGAAGGAGGGUCGGAUAACUAUCGGAAAGCGACGGCGACCUUGAAUAAAUAUUUCAAACCGCAAGCAAAUGCUCCAUAUGAAAGGCUUUGUUUUCGUGAAAGUAGUCAACUGGCCAACGAAACCGUCGAACAGUUCGUGACCAGAUUGAGACAGAAAGCCAAAACAUGUGAAUUCGGAGAUGCAAACGCUGUGGGGAAGCAAAUUCGUGACCAAGUGAUUAAUAAGUGUUUGUCACACGAACUUCGUCGAAAGUUACUUCAGACGGGUCAAGCCUUGACUCUGCAACGGUUGAGAGAAAUUGCCCGUGCUAUGGAAGAAUCUGAGAAACAGGCCUGUUCGAUCGAAGGAGUAAGCAAUGCGAGUAACGAGGUUAAUAGUGUGGGUGGAAAGGUGGAUCACAAAGAAGAUGCGAGCACAAGGAAUGUUAAAUGCUUUUGUUGUGGAAAUGUGGGACACAAAGCUAACGAUCACCGAUGCCCAGCUAAAGGGAAACAGUGCAGGAAAUGUAAUGGGACAGGACAUUUUGAGGCUGUAUGUAAAACAAAGAGGAAGCAAAAUAGUGGCCGAGGCCGAGGAGCUGGAGGAAUGCGUAGGGCAGGCAAUAGAAGAAGUAGUGGUGGACACCAUCAUAUAAGGCAAAUAGAAGGCGAAGAUCAGCAGAGUGAUGGCUGUGAGUGUGCAUUUGGCAUAUCAGAUGAUUCAAAUGUUUCAAAUGAUGGCACAAUUCCCGUGAAAAUAGGAGGUUUGCCUGUAACCAUGAUUAUUGAUUCUGGUGCUAGUUGCAAUGUCAUUGGUCGUAAUGUGUGGGAAUCUUUGAAAGCCAAUAAGGUUAAAUGUGUGUCGAGCAAGGCUUCCAAGAAGUUGUAUUCAUAUGGUGGUAAUCAGCCACCACAAGUUGCUGGCACAUUUACUGCAGAAGUUUCUGUUGGAGAGAGAGUGCUAAGUGAGGUUGAAUUUGUUGUUAUUGAAAAUAAGGGACAGGCCCUUCUAGGGCGAGAAACGGCCAUUGGUUUAGGAGUUCUAAAGCUGGGAACUCCAGUUCAAGUUAAUUCACUUGAGGCAUCAACUGAUGGGGCUAAAGGGGCACCCAGUGUUUUAGAAAAAUUUCCCGGAUGCUGUGAAGGUACUGGCAAACUAAAGGAUUUUCAGCCAAAGAUUCCAAUUGAUCCAGAGGUGCAAGCCGUAGCACAACCCAUUAGGAGAGUUCCUUACCACCUACGUUACAACCUAGACGAACUUGUCAAACUUGACAUUAUCGAGAAAGUGAGUGGACCAAGUUCGUGGGUAUCACCAGUGGUAGUGGUGCCAAAGCCCUCAGGUGACUUCCGUUUGUGAGUAGAUAUGCGACAGGCCAACAUCACAAUAAAACGAGAACGUUACCCAAUACCCACCAUCGAUGAAGUUUUGCAAGAUUUGAACCAGAGCAAGUUCUUCAGCAAGCUGGACCUUAACUCUGCCCAUCAUCAAAUAGAGUUAUCACCUGAAUCCAGAGAUGUUACUACACUUGGUAUACACCAAGGAUUGUACCGGUACAAACGACUCAUGUUCGGUAUAAGUUGUGCACCUGAGAUGUACCAGAAGGUACUUGGCCAAGUCCUGCAAGAGAGCGAUGGAGUCCACAACAUUCUUGAUGAUGCGAUAGUUUUCAUGCACCCACUGAAGAGGAACAUGACAAGAGACUUGAGAAUGUGGUCAGAGUAUUGAGUAGCAAGGGGUUGACGUUAAACCGUGACAAGUGUCAAUUCAGGAUGUCACAUUUGGUAUUUAUGGCUCAUGUGUUGUCAGCGCGUGGGAUUGGUCCAGCAGAUGUUAAGAGUGAUUUUCUGAGAGUGUUUUAUUUCGCCAAAACAUACCUUUGGGUGAGCUUAUUCAUGGAAAAAUAGUUUAAACUUCCAACGAUUUAUUUUACGGCCAAAAUUUAAGAAAGUUCGAAAUUUGCAUAUAAUGGCGGAUUUCGCGGCUUACAAUGUUCAGAAUUUCACGCUUCUUUACGAAAACAGCGGGGACGUAAAAACAAUCUUAUGAAAACAACACUUGGCACAAAUAUUAUUUCAUUCUUAUACUUUAAAAUCGUCUAAUAAGUUUCUUGAAGUUUUGUUUGUAGCUUUUUAACGAAGGGUAUUUGUACAGCCGCCAUUUGUGUCUCUUGGCAAGGAACAAAUAAAGGCCAACUUUGACUAGUAUAAAUGGCCUCUGGUAUAUAUCAUUUGGUCAAAAUAUCUACAUUUUAGGAAACCUUGGUUAUUGUUUUUUUCACCCGAAAAGUUAUAGCUCUGGGAAUUAAAAUGUUCUCCGUCAGUAAAAUAAAAUGUUACAGCAUGUAAGCGAGUUCAAUUUUAUGCAAAUCACAAGGUUGUUCUUUGGAAGUCAACGGUUUAAAACAGAAAACAAUGACUCACCGUUACUUACGUUCCUUCUACUGCUAUAGAAACGAUGUUAACUCCCCAGUGUCCUUGUGAGCUGUUCUGUAAAAUAUUUCCAGUACAACAGCGAGCAUAAACGGCCAUAAAAUUCUACAAGGUCGACAAUGUUUAUAUUUGAGAUGAGUGGCACACACAAUCCUGGUUGUUUUCAUCGUCUUGCUCAGUCGAGAGUCCUUUAAAAAUAUGGUAGAAUAUACGCUUCAAACCGUGGUAAAUUUGUUUCUCAUAUCCAUAUGCCUCAUGUCGACUCAUGAGAAAAUAACUCAGUCCCCGUGCACUGAAUAAACAACUUGAAUGACCUUUGAGGUCAGGAGGUCACUUGAUAUGUUGUUAUGUUACUUUUUCCCCGUUUCACAUUACACGCGUAACGCCGUACUGCACAUCACGGCAUUUGGUUGAAUUACGGUAUUCAAAAUCUCUUUAAAGACAUUUCGAUUUAAAAAGAAAAUUGAAAAAGCAACAUUUUGACAUAAUUGUUAGCUUCAUGCAUGAUACCCUGACAUAAUUUCAACACUGGAUUGAUCUCUUUGAUGUCGACGUGAUUCAUAGUUUUGCGCUUAGUAACAUUUGGCACACAUCUAAACGUGCGCAAAGAUAAAUACUCAAAAGUAAGAAACCGUUUAUCUGCUGGAAAAGCUGGACCGCCGAAGAUAAUAAUGUUUUAAAUUCUGCACAUUAUUUUUUCAAGUAACGCAAGCUAUCUGCUUUCAGUAACGCUUCGUGUCGCUUAGCAAAAGUGACAAACUUACUCUAU